UUCAUCCCCACCAAACCCUAAUUUCUCUAUUUUGCUUUUCCCACAUAAAACCCAACAAAGAAGAUCGAAAGAACAUAAAACAAUCCAAGUUCCAAAGAACAGAGCAAGAAAUUCAGAGGCUAUCAGUUCCAUCAUCAUGAGGACUCCGAAUCCAUCCUCCGCGUCGACGAGCAAGACUACUACACCCUGUUGCAGCAAGGUGGGUAUAAAGAGAGGACCCUGGACACCGGAGGAAGACGAGCUCCUAGCCAACUACGUCAACCGAGAAGGCGAAGGCCGCUGGCGCACGUUACCAAAGCGUGCUGGGCUGCUCAGGUGCGGCAAGAGUUGCCGCCUCCGCUGGAUGAAUUAUCUCCGUCCAUCCGUUAAGAAAGGUCGUAUUGCUCCCGAUGAAGAAGAUCUCAUCCUCCGCCUCCACCGCUUGCUCGGUAACAGGUGGUCUUUAAUAGCUGGGAGGAUUCCGGGUCGGACCGACAAUGAGAUCAAGAAUUAUUGGAACACCCACCUAAGCAAGAAGUUAAUUAGCCAAGGAAUUGAUCCAAGAACCCAUAAGCCUUUGAAUCUGAUAAACCCUAGUUCCUCAAAUCCCUCACAAAAUAGUCCUCCCCCAACAUCAUACCCUAAUCCCAGCUCUAAUUCUUCUGAGUUAGAACAAACUGCAGCCAAGAUCACGACUAGAAAUCCACAACAGCACUUCACAACAACCAACCUGUAUUGCCCAUAUCAAAACCAGGCACUUGUUGAUAAAAAAGCCGGCACUCAGAGGGACUCGGAGGGUUUAGUGGCGGAUCUACCAAGUUCCAGCCACGUUCAUGGCAAUGGAGGAGAUUAUGUGGAGAAUUGCAAUGAGGAUAUCUUCUCUUCGUUUCUCGAUUCAUUGAUUAACGACAAUGUUUUUGAAAAUCAGCAUCAACAGCAAGCUAACAUUGUGGCUUCUACGCAGCAGACAUUCAAUGAUGAGAACAUUUGGGAAGCUGAGGUGAUGUCUUCAUUGGCGGCAUUCGGAAAUGAGCAAAAUUCUUUGAACAAUAUCCACCUCUCGCCAAAGCUAUCUAGGCGAAUGAACUAGCAAUUACGAACUUAUAUUAGAGAAGAUUUGAUCUUAUAGAUAUAUACCGAUACAUAUCCUUAAUUAAAGGAAACAAUAUUAGCUUUGGAUAUGAUUUUAUGCAAUUAUUGUGUAUUUCUAUUAAUUUUUUGUGUGUGAUUGUGUUAGUGUUAUGCUUAUAUAGGAAAACUCAUUGUUGUACUAAGAAAAAGCCUAUAGAUUG